AUGGAAGAGGUAGCGGCCCGAGAUCGGGAGUUUUGGACCACCUGUGGGCCACGAAGCUUCGGAGGCUGCGGUCUCCCUUCCCAGCUACCACAUGUUGGCUUACUGAAAUGCUUGCCAGUCCUGUUCCCCCUCCCAUGGGAUCCGACGAUACGCAGUCCUCCAAACCAGCUUACCAGAUUCCCGCGCCUUGUUUACAAAAUGGCGGUACAGCAGCCUACAAUGAGCACAAACACAGCAGAGAUAUCCCUGACACAUACCGACCGCAGCUCCCAUUCAGGAACUAUAAGCACACUAACAGUUAGCAGUUACUCUUGGCUGCCCCGACCUGCAUACCGGAGGAUGAAGCCUGGUUCCCACCGCUGCCUUCCUGGGCUUCGAGCUCCCAGAGGAUACACCUCGAACCACAGCCCCAUACAUGGAUAA